UUUUAAAUUUACUCAAUGGAUCAGAGGAUGAUGCUUUGUGGAGUAAGAGUGAAAAAGAGGAGAAUUAUAACGAAGCUUCGGAGGGCAAGUCUGAGUAGACAAAAGGCUACAAACAAAGUAGUAACACGAGUACCUAAAGCAACUGAAAAUGAAAUGCUUUCAGCAGUUUCUGCAGCUAAAGAAGCCUUUAAAUCAUGGUCAAAUACUUCAAUUUUAUCACGGCAGCAGAUAAUGUUUAAGUAUCAACAUCUUAUUAAAGAAAAUAUGAAACGUCUUGCAGCCAACAUAACUGAAGAACAAGGAAAAACAUUAGUUGAUGCAGAAGGUGAUGUUUUGAGAGGGUUACAGGUAGUUGAGCAUGCAUGUAGUGUAACAAGUUUGCAACUGGGUGAAGUUUUACCUUCCAUUUCAAGAGAUAUGGAUACUCACUCAAUAAGGAUGCCAUUAGGAGUUUGUGCAGGCAUUACACCUUUUAAUUUUCCUGCCAUGAUUCCUUUAUGGAUGUUUCCUUUAGCACUGGUUUGUGGAAAUACAUUUGUCUUAAAGCCAUCUGAAAGAGAUCCUGGAGCAACAAUGAUUUUGAUGGAACUUCUUAAAGAAACUGGUUUACCUGAUGGUGUUGUAAAUGUUAUACAUGGUCAACAUGAAGCUGUCACAUUUAUUUGUGACAAUCCUGAUAUCAAAGCCAUAUCAUUUGUGGGAUCUGAUCAAGCUGGAAAAUAUAUCUAUGAAAGAGGAUCAAAAAAGGGAAAGAGAGUACAAUGUAACAUGGGAGCAAAAAAUCAUGGAGUUGUAAUGCCUGAUGCUAAUAAGGAACAUGCUCUAAACCAAUUAGUAGGUGCAGCUUUUGGUGCAGCAGGACAAAGAUGUAUGGCACUGUCCACAGCAGUAUUUGUAGGCGAAGCUCGUCAGUGGCUACCAGAAUUAGUUGAACGUGCUAAAAAGCUUAAAGUAAAUGCAGGUCAUGUACCUGAAACUGAUGUUGGACCUGUCAUUUCUCCUGAAUCAAAAAAACGAAUAUGUAACUUAGUGCAAAGUGGAAUAGAAGAAGGUGCUAAUAUUUUACUAGAUGGUCGUAAUGUUGUUGUUCCUGGUUAUGAAGAAGGCAAUUUUGUUGGACCCACAAUUUUAAGUGAUGUAAAGCCUUCAAUGAAAUGUUAUAAAGAAGAAAUUUUUGGCCCAGUACUAAUUACAAUGAGUGUAGACACAAUAGAUGAUGCCAUUUCUAUCAUAAAUAACAAUCCAUAUGGCAAUGGAACUGCCAUAUUCACAAGUAAUGGUGCCACAGCUAGGAAAUUUACUCAAGAAAUAGAUGUAGGACAGGUAAGAUCUUUUGAUUCAGAGUAAUAUACU